AUGACUCUCUCCACAUCAAGUACCGACAGCAACGAGAAGUUUUCCAACCUGGAUAAAUCAUCAGAUGAAACACGAGAAAUCGACGCCACGCAUAAUGCGACAGAAGAUGUGUCCCCCGGGAUCCAAACAACAUGGCAUAUGGCCGGCGAACUGCAAGCCUUGAAGGAGCGAGACGAGCAAAAUGGCGAAAAAGCCCGCAAACUUGGAGUCACUUGGCAGAACCUCACUGUGAAAGGUGUCAGCAGCGACGCUACAUUCAACGAGAAUGUCCUCUCCCAAUUCAAUCUCUUCGGAAAUCGGGGUAGCAAAUCUCCCAUGAAAACAAUCCUCGACAACUCUCAUGGCUGUGUUAAACCGGGAGAGAUGCUGCUUGUCCUCGGCUGCCCCGGAUCAGGGUGUACGACGUUGCUCAACGUGCUCUCGAACAACCGUCGUGGCUAUGCUGAGGUUAGCGGCGAUAUUGCCUUCGGAAACAUGUCUGCCGAAGAGGCCAAGCAAUACCGCGGUCAGAUUAUCAUGAACUCGGAGGAGGAAAUUUUCUUUCCGACAUUGACUGUCGGCGAGACUAUCGAUUUUGCCGCCCGUAUGAAGGUCCCAUCGCAGCUACCGCCAGGAAUCAAGUCAGCGGAGGAAUACGCUGAACUCAAUAAGAAAUUUCUUCUGCGGUCAGUGGGAAUCUCACACACUGAAUCUACCAAAGUGGGAGACGCAUUCACCCGGGGAGUCUCUGGAGGAGAGAAAAACGUGUUUCCAUCCUUGAGCAGGAAAUGGCAUCUACGAGAAUUUCGACAAGGUGCUCGUCCUAGACGAGGCAAGCAGAUCUUCUACGGUCCACAACGGAAUGCAGUGCCUUUCAUGGAAAAUCUUGGGUUUAGGCGUGACUCUGGUUCCAACCGGGCAGAUUUCUUGACUGGCGUGACCGUUCCUACGGAGCGUAUUAUUGCACUAGGCUAUGAAAGCAAAUUCCCGCGCACAUCUGAUGCAAUCCGUGCUGCCUACGAGUCAUCAUCUUCCAAAUCUGAAAUCCAGGCCGAAUGCUCCUAUCCACAAAGCAAAGAGGCGGCGGAGAACACGGCUAUUUUCAAAGAGAUGGUCAAAGCCUCGGUCACCCGGCAAUACCAAAUCAUGUGGGGUGAUAAAGCAACUUUGGCUAUGAAGCAAGGUGCUACAGUCAUCCAGGCCCUGCUAGGUGGAUCUCUCUUUUACAAUGCCCCAGAUAACUCCAUUGGUCUGUUCCUCAAGGGUGGUGCACUGUUCUUCUCCAUCCUGUAUAACGCCCUCAUCGCUCUCUCGGAAGUCACAGACUCGUUCACUGGCAGACCUAUUCUAGCCAAGCAUCGUUCAUUUGCUCUGUAUCAUCCCGCGGCUAUCUGCAUUUCUCAGAUCGUCGCAGACUUUCCCAUCCUGCUGUUCCAAGUGUCGCACUUCGGCCUCGUUCUCUAUUUUAUGGUUGGGUUAAACCGCACUGCCGAAGCCUUUUUCACCUACUGGAUCACCAAUUUCAUGACAGCCAUGUCCAUGACAGCCCUCUUUCGACUAAUUGGUGCCGCUUUUCCAACCUUUGACGCCGCAACCAAAGUCUCCGGCCUGACAAUUGUCUCAUGUUUCGUCUACACGGGCUAUAUGAUCAUCAAGCCUGAAAUGCAUCCAUGGUUUGUAUGGCUCUUCUGGAUCAACCCCAUGGCAUAUGGAUUUGAAGCUCUUCUUGGUAACGAGUUCCAUUCGUCGAUUAUCCCCUGCGUUGGACCAAACCUCAUACCGAACGGCCCCGGUUAUACCAGUGGUGAAGGUGGUCAAUCAUGUGCUGGUGUUGGUGGCGCUUCACCUGGUGCAACAAGUGUCACCGGCCGUGAGUAUCUCGCAUCCAUGUCCUUCAGCCAUAGCCAUGUCUGGCGCAACUUUGGCAUCAUCUGCGCGUGGUGGGUGCUAUUCGUUGCCCUUACCAUCUUCUUCACCUCCCGGUGGAAAUUACCCGGGGAGGGUGCUCGCAGCCUACUCGUUCCCCGGGAGCAGCAAUAUAAGUCGAAGCAUCUGCUUCUCGGUGAUGAGGAAUCACAGGUGUCCACAAAGACUCUGCCAAGCUCUGAAGCAAACACCUCGCAGGAGACCAUCGGAAAGGAACUCAACGACAACCGAAGCAUCUUCACCUGGAAGAACCUUACUUAUACUGUUAAAACUUCUUCCGGAGAUCGAGUUCUCCUUGAUAAUGUGCAAGGAUACGUGAAGCCCGGCAUGCUCGGUGCACUUAUGGGGUCUUCGGGUGCUGGCAAGACCACCCUGCUCGACGUUCUUGCUCAGCGUAAGACUGACGGAACCAUCCACGGAUCGGUGUUAGUUGAUGGUCGACCCAUUCCUAUCUCGUUUCAACGCUCCGCUGGGUAUGUCGAACAGUUGGACGUGCACGAGUCUUUAGCAACCGUCCGCGAGGCCCUCGAGUUUUCUGCUCUUCUACGCCAGCCCCGCGAUACACCUACUGAUGAGAAGUUACGCUACGUGGACACUAUCAUUGACCUCCUCGAGCUGCGGGAUCUUGAGUUCACGCUUGUUGGUCGUCCGGGUGCAGGUUUGUCCGUCGAACAGCGGAAACGUCUUACUAUUGCGGUCGAGCUAGUCGCAAAGCCUAGCAUUCUUAUCUUCCUAGAUGAACCUACCUCUGGCCUCGACGGCCAGGCUGCAUUCAAUAUCGUCCGCUUCCUACGGAAACUCGCCGAGGCCGGUCAAGCCGUUUUGGUCACCAUUCACCAGCCGUCGGCUCAGCUUUUUGCGCAAUUCAAUACACUUCUGUUGCUCGCCAAGGGUGGGAAAACGGUUUACUUCGGUGAUAUUGGUGACAACGCUAGCACAGUCAAGGCCUAUUUUGCCCGACACGGAGCACCCUGUCCGCCCGAAGCCACCCCUGCUGAGCAUAUGAUUGACGUGGUGUCGGGUGCUGCCUCUGAAAAUGCCGACUGGAAUAAGAUUUGGCUGGAGUCACCGGAGCACGACCAGCUCACAGCUGAGCUGGAUGCUAUGGCUAUGGAAGCGGCUGCUGGACCAUCAGGAACCGUUGACGACGGGCACGAGUUUGCAGCUUCGAUGUGGACUCAGGUCAAGCUCGUAACCCACCGCAUGAACGUCUCGCUGUUCCGAAAUACCGAAUAUAUCGACAACAAGUUCGCCCUACAUAUAAGCCUUGCGCUACUCAAUGGCUUCUCAUUCUGGAUGAUUGGGGAUCGCCUCACAGAUUUGCAGAAAACCCUCUUUACUGUCUUCAAUUUCAUUUUCGUCGCGCCCGGAGUGAUCUCCUAA